ACCAAACAUACAUAUAUAUGUAUGUUUGGUACAAUUUACUAUGUAUUAAUUAAUCUCAUUUAUCACUAAUAGGAAAGAAAAUAACAUUAAAAGAUCUUCAUAAUUUAGCAUCUAAGGAGAAAGGUUCCACAGAUAUAGAGUCUUUACUUGGAGUUUUUAAAAAUUGUGAUGGUGCGGAUGUGGACAUAAAAUGCGAUAAUAGUGGAGUCAUUCAAUCAAUAUUUUUCCAAGAUGCAGAAAUGAAAAGAUUUUUUUCAUUGUAUCCAGAGCUAAUUUUGAUGGAUGCAACCUACAAAUUAACAAAUUUACGCAUGCCAUUAUAUAUUAUGCUGGCUGUAGGACCGAAUGGUGAAAGUGAAAUAGUAACAAUUUUUGUAACUGCAUCCGAGGAUUCAGUAACACUAAGUGAAGUGCUGGAAACAUUUAAAUCAAGAAAUGAAAAAUGGACUAAAAUUGUCACUAUUUUCACAGAUAAAGACAUGGCAGAAAGAGACUCUAUAAGAACAACUUUUCCAAAUGCAGUUUUAUUACUAUGCCUAUUUCAUGUUCUACGAGCAAUGAGUCGAGAAGUUACUGUUUUGAAAAUGGGAAUUUCAGAAAGCCAGCGAAUACAUGCAUUAAAAUCUCUACAAAAAAUGGCUUAUGCCUCAUCUGAAAUAGACUUUGAAAAACAGAGAGAUGAUUUUGUUGCCAAAAUGCCACAGAGUGUUGUUCGUUAUUUUGAAAAUAACUGGAACAAUUGCAUAACUGAAUGGGUGUAUUGUUGGCAACAGCAGAAUUUAACUUUUGGACAGCGAACUACAAAUAGGUUAGAGUCUGUGAACAGAAGAAUCAAAGCUGUCCUAAAUUUACUUAACCCUCUUCCUCUUUUUUUCAAAGACCUUAUUACUGUAAUUGAUUGCAUGCGAAAAGAAAGAGAUCAUACAUUUAUCACUGCUGGCGAGCGUAUCUCUGUGCAUGCUGUUUUACAAAAUGAUGUUCUAAAAGAAUUUUCUCAAAUAUUAACACCUUAUGCACAAAUGUUUGUAGCAAGUCAAUUCGAAGAAGCAAUAGGUUUAAACCCUGUUGAAGAAAAUGAACAUCCAACCUUAGAAAUAUUAGGUCAUAAGGUGUUGAUAAGCGAGCAAAAGUGUCAAUGUAUAUUUUUUAAAUCAAUGGCAUUACCAUGUAAACAUAUGUUUGUUGCAAGGUGAGUGAAACAUUUGCCACUAUUUUCAUAUGAUGGCAUUGGUGUGAGAUGGCUUAAGGCUCAUUCUAUUGAAAACCAUAGACUUUUCCAACACCAAAAUGAAAACCUUAGUCAUCUGGGAUUAGGUGUUGUUAAGGAAAGACCAUUGACACAAUCUGAAAAAUUUAAAAAAGCAUAUCGUCUUUCGCAGCGUUUAGCCCAACUAGUCUCAGAAAGUAACAAUAAUGAAUUUGAAAUCAGGUUAAAUGUUCUACAAAAUCUAGCUAAAGUUUGGGAGGAAAAUAAAAGCAUAGAUGUGUCAAUCCUGGAAUCACCUGUGGAUUUUUUAAUAGAAACUAAUUUGAAUCACCCUGCUGAAAAAGGUAAGAAGAUAUUAUGUGAUGAUACUGGUAAAGAGAUGUUAUGUGAUGGUAUAAAAACUUUAUAUCCUCAAAACUCAUCAAAUAGUAUUGAU